AGUUUACUCGCACACACCCGCGACACCGCUUCUCACAUAACAGCUAUGGCUCCGGCUUCGCUUUCGGAUCUCAUCGCUGCGCUUCCCAGCAAUGAUGGCUGGGGACCACCAGUGUCGAAUGAGACUAUGCUCGAUGGUGUCCCAUUCGCACCAUACUCCAAAGCCGACAAACUCGGGCGCAUGGCAGACUGGACCGAAGGCAAGGAUCGUGAUAGGCAAGGACGCCAGCAGUAUGGUCGAAACUACAGAGACCAGCAAGCAUAUGGCGCAAACCAACAGACCAACCCCUUCGCCAUUCAGGCGGCCGAGGAGGAGGCUUCCUUCUCCGUUGUAGACAACACCCGAACUUCAGCAAGGACCCGAGGAUUCGGAAGAGGAGGCGGCACCGUUUUCCGUGGCCGAGGACAGCGGGGUGGACAGACACAGCGGGGCGGACGCGGAGGUACUUUCCAAAAGGUUGGAGGACGCGGUCAGCAAUACGAUAACCGUGGUGGACGAGGUGGAAGGGGCGGAAGGCGAUUUGGUUGGAGGGACGACAAGCCCCAGCGCAAUAGGGAUGCUUCGGUGCAAGUCAAGCCAGACUGGAAUGUCCUUGAAGAGAUUGACUUCGCUCGUCUCAGCAAGCUCAACCUUGACACUGGUGCAGGCGAGGAUAUUGACGAUUACGGAUUCCUCUACUACUACGACAGGAGCUACGACAAGCAACCCGGUGCGAAGACCUCGGAGCGGAAACUCAACGUACUGGAGCGCGCUGCCUACAAUGUUACUACAUCUAGCGAUCCCGUUAUCCAGGAGCUUGCCGAGAAGGAUGAAGCCACAAUCUUUGCGACCGACAACAUUCUCUCGAUGCUGAUGUGUGCCACCAAGUCUGUUUACUCGUGGGAUCUGGUCAUUUCAAGGAGAGGCAACAAAGUGUUCAUCGACAAGCGCGACAGCUCCAACUUGGAUAUGGUCACUGUGAACGAGAACGCCACGGAUGCCCCACUAGAGAUCUCAGAAGGCAACAAGGACUCCAUCAACAGCCCAGGAGCCUUGAUGUUGGAGGCUACACACAUUAACAAUGUGUUUCCUCUACAAGUUGUUCAGGAGUCAAAGACCUCCAAAUUGGAUAUGUCCCAUGAGCAUCCCUUCUACAAUGAAGAUGUGGAGACCGACCCGCCUGCUUCGAAGGCUUACAGGUACCGCCGUUUCGAUCUGUCUUUGGACCGCGACGACGAGCCUCUGCAUUUGAUCGUGCGAACCGAAUUGGACGCCGUUGUCAAGAACAACAUCAAUGGAGAGGACCAAUACAUGACCAUCAAGGCUCUCAACGAGUUCGACAACAAGGCACAAGGAUCCGGCGGUGCCUUGGACUGGCGAACGAAGUUGGCAAGCCAGAGGGGUGCUGUCUUGGCCACUGAAAUGAAGAACAACAGUUGCAAGUUGGCUAGGUGGGCAGUGCAGAGCAUUCUUGCAAAGGCUGAUACCAUGAAGCUUGGAUUCGUCUCCCGUACCAACCCGAAGAACAACAACGACCACGUCGUCCUUGGUGUUCUAACCAACAAGCCUCGUGACUUCGCCAACCAGAUGGCAUUGAACCUCAACAACGGAUGGGGUAUUGUUCGCACUAUUGUCGACAUGUGCCUGAAGAUGGAUGAGGGUAAAUACGUGUUGGUGAAGGACCCCAACAAGCCCAUGCUUCGUCUCUAUUCCGUUCCCGAGAACACUUUCGAGGAGGAGGUUGAGAUGAGCCAGGUGGCUGAGGAAGAUGCCGAUGAGUAAAUCAAAAGGAGCAAGAGGUCAUAAUAUGCAAUGGUAGAGGUUUCUUUCUUAUCAUGCAUUUUGAUCAUGCAUCGUGGUAUAGGAAAAGCAUGAAAUUAUAACGAGUCUCUUGUAAUGCAUGUCUAACGAUAUGAUGCUUGGGAAUGGUUUAAGGUUGAAAGCCACUAUUAAAGGGAGGCUCGGUACUCGUAGAUAGAAUCCAAUAUGUUUGCCAAUCUAUUCGAACCAUGUCUGGCAUCUGCAUCACUCGG